AUGGCAACUAUAGAAUCCUCGCCUCUUAAAUCAAACCUCAAGAGCGUAACACCACCCAUAAAUUCCUCAACGCAUAUCUAUGCUCUUAUCAAUUACAAGGACACCUAUGUACAGCCAUUGCUACUCAUCGCGCUCCAAAAAUGUUUACCUAAAUUUAGCUAUACGCUUAUCAAGAGCCAGUCAGAAUUACCAAGCCAAGCAGUAAAUUAUCUGCAUAUUGGCACCUAUGAAGACCUACCCUUCGAAUAUAUCAUGUCCCAUGUGACAACGUCCUUAACGAAUGCCUACAUCAUCCGCAAAGCUCUGAUUCGAAAGCACUAUCUCAGUACGACUGCACACAAUUGGAUCACCAAAUAUCCUACUUCAAUUUUGAAAACAAACAUUAAAGUCUCAUGCGAAUUUGAACUUGACUAUCCGGAAUUUCUUGAUGACGCACUAGUAGAGGCAUGGGAAUUACAACAAUCUUUUAAAAAUAAUAUGGGAAAAAAUGCAGCUGAUAAAGAGUGGUGGAUUCUUAAACCUGGUAUGAGUGAUCGCGGGCAUGGCAUCCGUCUUUUCUCCACCCAGACAGAGCUUCAGGCUAUAUUCGAGGAGUGGGAAGCUCUACGAUCUGACUCUGAGGAUGAGUCAGGGAAUGAUGAGUUGUGCCUCAACACUUCAAGCAACUUAAAUCAUGAGGACAGUAAUAAACUUAUCACUUCUGAUUUGCGACAUUUUGUAGCUCAGCUUUACAUUAGUCAUCCGUUUUUGCUGAGAGAAAACCCCAGAAAAUUCCACAUCAGGACAUAUGUUCUAGCUACUGGAGGCCUUAAAGUAUACGUAUACCAUGAAAUGCUCGCUCUAUUUUCACCGUUGCAAUACACUCCACCUUGGGAUGAUUUAUCCUCGGGUGAUAUCUCAGCGCAUCUGACCAACACUUGCCUUCAGACUGGUAACCACGAUGGGUCCGUUCAGCUUCUAGCCUCCCUCGAUCUUCCUGCUGCACUCAAAACCAGUAUCUAUAACCAAAUUGAUCAUAUUAGCGGGGAAAUAUUCGAAGCGGCAGCGAGAGGUAUGCUAGUACAUUUUCAAACGCUUCCAAACGUAUUCGAGGUUUUUGGCCUUGACUUUCUAGUGGAUGAGGCUGGUACGACAUGGCUACUCGAGGUUAACGCAUUCCCAGACUUUCAACAAACAGGCCACGAGCUACAAGAAGUUGUGAGUGGUCUAUGGGAAGCUGUAGUUGCUACUGCUGUAGUUGAAUUUUUCGGCAUUACUCAAAAUUCUUCCUGCAAACUAGCCCGAGAGAAAAUGAGACUGGUAAAAGACCUAAAACUACGUGGUUAA